UUGAGAAGUAGUAGUAAGAGCUUACCCUUCGCUUCUCAUAUUCUCUCUUCAAUGGAAGAAGCACUCCGUCGUCUCAACGGAAUGGGCCCCACUCAAGACCCCGACACAACCCUCUCCGACCACCACCCCAAGAAAAGCGCCACCACCAAGCGCGGGCUGCGCGAUACCGCCAGCUCCGGCGGCACCAUGCGCUAUCGCGGCGUCCGACGCCGCCCCUGGGGCCGCUACGCUGCCGAGAUCCGCGACCCGCAGUCGAAGGAACGGCGUUGGCUUGGCACCUUCGACACGGCGGAGGAGGCCGCCUUCGCAUACGACUGCGCCGCCCGCGCCAUGCGCGGCGCCAAGGCCCGCACCAACUUCUUAUACCCCGACGCCGCCGACCCUAACCACCACCACCUCUUCCAACCCUACAACAUCAACCCCAAACACUGCCAUGUCACCAGGUUCGUCCCGAACCAAAAUUUAAACGCUGACUUCUCCGCAAAUUCCCACAACAACAACAAUAACAACGUUUCUUCUUCUCUUAACAUGGUUCUCUUUCGUGACUUUCUCAACUCUUCUUCUCACCACUUUCAUAAUAAUAAUAAUAAGUCUUCUAGUUGUUAUGUAAACUCUUCAUCUUCUUCUUCUGCUGCAAAUAACUGUCUCCAAGGUUGUUGCUUUACCAACCCUAAUCUUGGAAUGGAAGUUGCUGAAGCUAUUAAUGAAGAAUCUGACUUUUUCCCAAUAGAGUCUUCGGAUUCUGGGUUGUUGGAGGAGAUUGUCCACAAGUUCUUGCCAAAAUCGAAGCCCAAGAAAGAAACUUUGUCUGUUCCUGAGUCACGUCCUCCUCAACAGAAAUUUGAACUCAAGAAUGUUUCUGCUGCAAGGGGUUGUGCUGAUACUAGGACUAGGGUUCCGAAGGUUGAAGCUUUUGGUGCCCCUUAUGAUUCUUCUACCAUGCAGCACCAAUUUGAAGCCAUUCAUCAUGGCUUCAACACCAUGCAGGGCGUGUCUGUGGAGAGAAACAACCAGUUUUUGAUGAACCAUGUUGCUGCAGGAUGCUCCAACCUGGAAGAUUUUCUUCAGUAUCCAGAGAUUUUUAAUUCCCUUGUAGCAAGGAUGCAAAAUGCUUAGCCUUUGUUAAAUUAUGUCUUAUGGGUAGUUUAAUUAGUUAACUAGCUAUAGGAAGAAAAAA